GUCAACUACAGCAUCCACGACCUCGAGUUGUUGGCGAUCGUCGAAUCGACGCAGCACUGGAAGUCCGUCCUGGAGUCGUGCGAGGACCCCUUCGUCGUCAUCAGUGAUCAUCAGUCCCUCCAGCACUUCCGGACCUCGCGUCCCCUCACGCCUCGCUUGGUACGGUGGUCGCAGGACCUCAACGCCUUCUCCUACUCUAUCAAGUACCGUCCGGCUCGGUUCAACUCGGCGGCGGAUACGCUCAGC